AUGACUUUCCUAGGAGGAUUGCGUCCUGGCUCGCGCAGCUCCAACAAUACCUCGUCCACCGCCACUGCAAAGCCCUUCUCCUCCUACGCGCAGCGAAAUAACGUCAGCGCCAACAGCCAGGCGCCAUUGCACAGUGCCAGAGGCAUGGCGGCUGUGCUCGAUAUCGAGAGGUCGCGUACUAGGCGAGAGCGGACCUUCAUAGGCAGCGAUUGUGCUGUAUGUGAAGAGGCACUGGAGCACACGCUGCGAGGCGAACGCAUCCUGCAGCUGUCGUGUGGCCAUGUGUCCCACGAAGCCUGCUUCUACGAAUACAUCCGCGAAUUCGAAGCCAAGGAGUGCCCAACAUGCAACGCAACCCUGGGGCUCGACACGAGUCGAGGAGGCAACAUUGACCUCGAGAGAAUAGUCCGUUCCGUCCAGGCCGACGCGUCGACGCAGAACGGCAGCCAACGGAGCAACGCGCCCACACCAACACCGUGGGACAAUCAGUCGACGAUGCACUCUGCCAGUGGUCAAACACAAGGUCGCUCUCGCAACGGCAGCGACGCGUCAGCCCGUUUUGCGCCCUCGCACCACACACGUCAGCGAGACAGCAGCCAUAGUCGCGAGCGCGGCUCAGACCGUGGCGGCUCCGUGUCCCGUCAGCACUUGCGUAGUGACAGCGGUGCAACUGGUGCCGCUUCCUCACACGACUAUGCGGCGGCGCAGGACGGUCGGCGACAUGACUACGAUGUGCAGUCGAUGGAAACAAGCCUCAGCAGCCCGCGUGGGCUCUUGAAGAACCCAAUUCCGGCGCCGACAGUGACAGUCCGUAGCGAGUUUCCAACACUCAGCAGGUCGCGGCAGCAACAAAGUUUGACGUGCCUGGUGACGGUCGAGGUGGUGGAGGGGAAAUGGCGGGCAGACCCUGAAGACGUGCGAGGCGCACCGACCCUGCCCUCAAUAGCAAGCGCAACCGAGAGCUCGUUUGGCCGCUCCAAGUCACCAGCACGCAGCAGACAUGCCGCCUACGAUUUUGACACACCAUACGAAUCCGCAGAGGUUCUGGACGAGGUCACCGAGGACUUGCACUCUCGUGUCGACAACUGGCACGGUCUCGACUUCUCCCGCUUUGGUAAGCUGCGCCUGCAUGGGCAGAUCCGUGUUGGCAAGGACCGUCAGUCAUGGCAGGAGCUCGAGUGCUACCUCUUCUCAGAGAUGCUCAUCUGCGUUAAAGAGAAGAAGACGACUGCUCAACCCCAAUGGGGGGACGACUCGAAGGCAUCCAGGUCGAAGAAGACGAAGUGCACACUGAAGGGCUCUAUUCUGAUCAAGAAGCAUCUCAACCAAGUCGAACAUUCACCCGAUGACUUCGUCCUUACCUUGAGCCUGUCGGUGGCAGAGCUUCCCUCUUUUCAUCUACAGUUCCCAGACAGAAGCCAGCUGGAGAUGUGGCGACGAGCCUUGAUGGACAUUCGUCUAGACUUCCCCGUGGGCAGAGGUAUGCCAGACUACGAUCAGGACCAUUCAGGAACCGAGGAAGAUGACUACCGGAGGCCGAAGCGCGUUUCAUCUGUCAACUCCUCCUAUGGCGCUGCCCGAUCGACCAUGACCGCUCCCACCGAGUACACUAGCUCCCGUGCUAGUCCACCAGAACCACGCCCGACUGGCUCAAUCCACGUGCCCAUUGAUGUUGUCGUAGUGAUUCCUGUCUCGUCAUCAAUGCAGGGCUUGAAGAUCAACUUGCUGCGGGAUACUCUGAGAUUCCUCGUUCACAACCUCGGUGAACGCGAUCGUAUGGGGCUCGUGACAUUUGGCUCAAGUGGAGGCGGUGUUCCCAUUGUCGGUAUGACGAGCAAAGCAUGGAGAGACUGGCCCAAGGUCCUCGACUCUAUACGACCUGUAGGCCAGAAGAGUCUCCGUGCUGAUGUGGUGGACGGCGCCAACGUAGCCAUGGAUUUGCUGAUGCAACGCAAGUCGAGCAACCCGCUAGCAAGCAUUCUACUCAUCAGCGACUCGUCCACCUCUGAUGUUGAAAGUGUCGACUUCGUCAUUUCGCGUGCCGAGGCUGCAAAGGUUUCAAUUCACUCAUUUGGCCUCGGUCUUACUCACAAGCCUGACACCAUGAUCGAGCUGUCUACUCGGACUAAGGCAUCCUACACUUACGUAAAGGACUGGAUGAUGUUGCGCGAGUGUGUAGCUGGAUGCCUCGGAUCACUCCAAACUACAUCGCACCAGAACGUGAAGCUCAAACUGCGCCUUCCUGAGGGCUCGCCUGCCAAGUUCGUUAAGAUCAGUGGAGCAUUGCAAAUCACGAAACGAGCUACUGGUAGGGAUGCUGAAGCCGCCUUGGGGGAUCUGCGCUUCGGCGACAAGCGAGAUGUUUUAGUGCAGCUUGUCAUUGCUCCAGACUCGGGUUCUCCAGAGCAGCUUCCGCAAGACCCUUGGGAGACCAUCGUCUCCGGCCUGGAGGCCCUGGGCGGCCCGCUGGACCAGGACGAUUCGCGGACACUCAGCGUCGAAGAGGUGCCUUUGAUUCAAGCCGACCUUACGUUUGGCGACAUUCUUAGGGAAGGUACCCUUUCGCACCUGGCAAGGCCAUCCUUGCUUGCCAUCACCCUGCUACCUUCUGGUCCUAAGAAGGCUUCGACGGCAUUCCCACCAACACCACCCAUUCCCCCUCACCCACAUGUAGUCCAGCGUCGCAUGGAGCUUCUAACGUCGGACAUGUUGACACGAGCUCUAACGCUAGUCUCGCGCGGUCAACAUGAACGAGCACACCAUCUUCUCAAAGAGACUCGAAGCAUCCUAAAGGGACUGGGUAAGGGAGGACUGCCUCCUCUACCGCCACCAGGUCAGCGACGCCACGAUGCACCCAGCACGACUGGCAGCACCGGAACAUCUUCGCCCACACAAAGCACUGCUGGAGACCCUCGACCACGCACUCCUUCGCCACACGCUCCAUUCACUCCAGCGGCAGGUAUUGACGCAAGGACUAUGCAUGCCCUCGAUGCCGAACUGGAGUCAAGCUUGGAAUGGAUCAAUCACCCUGCCGUUUUCGGUCGCGAUUCAAGGAAGGCCGUAUUGCAGGCGAUCGGUGUCAUCUCUUCACAACGAGCAUACACAUAUAGGUCACCCUCCGAAACACUCUGGGCCGAGCGUAUCUCAGGCGUUAAGCGCCUCUCCGAACGCUCACGCAACUGGCGUGAGUCUGGCGACCAAGAAGCUCUUAUGGAGGAGAACUAA